AUGUACAAGCUCCUGAUCCUCUCCGCUCUCGUAGCCGUGGCUUUCGCCGCCUCCUACGAAAAACACGAGUCCCACGAACACGCAUACUCGACCCAGAACCAAGUCAACUACGUCAAGCAUUCUGUUCCAGUCGAGAUCAAAGUCAAGUCAGCUCCAGUAGUCCACCAUGUUCCAGUCAUCUCUCAUGUUCCAGUAGUACAUCAUGUUCCAGUGGUACAUCAUGUCGAAGCUCCAGUGUACCAUCACUAA